CUUGUGUCGUAAAUAAAAGUAUUGGAAGGUCCGACCUGCUAAACUUGACCAAAAAAUACAAUGUUUACAUCAUGGAAGCAAAUCCUCCAUCUUACGGACAAGCCACUGCGGUGAACGCAUGGGAUCUCAUUGCCGAAUACAUCCCCUCAUCGGACCUCUGCUCCGCCGCCUCGGUAUGUCAGCAGUGGCAUGCAACAUUCGCGCCGCAUCUUUGGGGUAAUCCUGCUUCUCAUUUUGGAGACGAAAAUGACAAAGUCUAUGUUGCCCUUACUCGAUUCAUUCGCACUCUCCCUUGGGCCAGAAGAACUGUUAGAUCAUUAACACAUACACUUCACCUUCCCCCAGCGCAUGCGGAAAUCUACAACGGACCUAGCGAUGACUGGCUUCGUGAAGUACUCGAAGGUCUCCCAAAUCUCCAGUCAUUGGUCGUUCGUGGCUUGCCUUUCUUCGACCAUGCAGCUCUGAAUGCACUCAAGUAUACACGACUUUCGAGCAACAGAAAACAACUGGCCCAAGCUCAGACACCUUUCGGUCUGCGAUUACUUGACGCGUCAAGAUGCAGUAAUGUUACUGCGAUUGGACUGCAACAAGCCCUUAGACGUUUUGACUCACUCCUCUAUCUUGAUCUUUCGUGGACUUAUCCCGCAAAGAGUCCCGAAGUCCUUCGGGGUCUGAGCCAGUUCCGCGGUCUGCAAGUCUUGAAGCUUCGAGGAAUAUCACUCAAAGACGACGAUGUGCUUGUUCUGGCAAAUGCAAUCAAGACUCGGGUUAGAAGCUUGGAUCUACGAAACAAUCAGCUGACGGACAGGAGUGUGCGUAUUCUACUACAGCUGUGCUUCACGCUCCCACCCAGGAAGGACAAUGAUGGCCAAGUCAUGUCUCCCUCACUCCUACCGUAUCUGGGUGCUGAGAUGCUUGCGAUUUACCGAGGAGCUAAUUUCGAAGCUUUCCUAAGAAACGAGUUCACAGACAAGUUUGUCGGACGUCUUGCCAUUGAGGACGCCCCAGAGAGUGGCAUUACUCAUCUCUAUCUCUCGGAUAAUCAGUUCACUGUCGAGGGAUUAUCUGGGCUCGUCAGAUCUGGAAGAUUACAUGUCCUCGAUGCUGGAAGCCUCUUGCCUGCAAUGGUCGCACACGACGGAUCCUUCAGCAUGGAGUUUCCUAGUUUGGCCAAGCUGGCUCCUGUGUUAGCUGAAUCUGCCAGUCACAGUUUGACGUAUCUAAGGAUCGACCACAGUCUGGUAACCAAAGAAGCGCCGAGGUCACAAGAGGGAAGUGUUGAGCCGACUCCAAGAUAUUGUGAACUCGCGGAUACCUCAAAUUACCCAGCGGGAGUCGCUGAAUUGAGUCAUGACACUGAGGUGUUUGAGCUCAUGGGAGAUACCUCUUUUGCAGCAGAGGUAUCUGGAGAUACUGCUGUCCCUAUUGUGGUGAGUCCAACAGCCGACACCAAGUCUACCGGAGACUUCCGGCAAAGACGAAGUGGCAGUCAAGAUCUGCCCAUACCCGUCGAUGCAGAACAGAUGAAUGAGAACGGUCUACACGUAGCAUCAAUUGAACGAGAACACGAUGAGGCAACGGCAGCUGUGGACAGAUCUUUGACACCGAGCCCAGUUGUUUCCUUCCGCGGUCGAAGUCGCAGCUACUCCUCGGUCGUCGAUGAGCGCAAGUUUCGGGUGCAAACAUCCUUGACGCAGGCCAGAGGCUUUCAUCCUGGUAUACUGCCUCAUAUGACUACCUUGAUUCUGACAGAAGUUCCAUCAUCUUCUCCAACACUAGACACACCAAACAGACUGAUCUCUUUCAUACGUUCGUGCGGUGAAGAGACUGCUCUGGCAAAACUUCAGGCUAGACUAGACUGGACAUUGCCGCCAGGCCGACGAACAAGCUGUUCUCACCAGAAGGAGCUCGUACGGAAAUCAUUUGCCCUCGAACAGGUCAUUCUCGAAGUCGCGCCACAGAGCAUGGACCAGAAGAAAAGAGAUGCCGCUAGUGCUUGGAGACAUCGAGGCACUAAGUCAGUGACGCAAGAUCAGGAUAGUGAGGCUCUAUGGGCAGCCUCCCAGACAGACUUUUCUUUCUUCGGCGAAGGCGAGACCAACAGCCUUGACUCUUUCUUGGAGCCAGCACGGCCACCGCCUAUGAGCAUCAUGUCUGGCAUGGAGGUUUCUGUUGACCAACCAUCACCACAAUAUCAGCGUUUACAGAACCAGUCGGCUCAGGAGACGCAAGUACCACAAGUCGAUGUCAUUUCGGAGAUCUCAAAGUUCAGGAAGUCGACCAAGUCCAAGUAUCAGGCUCGCGUCGCUGCUGGGGAGAAAGAUCCGGAAGUCGACGGGUUUUGGGAGGGCAACAUCAAGGUCAUCAGAAGGCCUCACAAUGUGGAUCCAAAGCAUGAAGACGAUGAGGUAUGGGCUGACUACUAUGGCAAUCGUUUUUCGAAUGGCUAUCUUUAUCGCUAGCACGUCAAACGAUAACCCGAGAGUCUCAAGUCAGUGACAGAGAGUGUCACCCUGUCUACAGUUUUAUGUGACGCGUCUUCGACCUUCUCAAGUGUCCAGAAUAUAGUUGUUCGUAUCAUGAAGCCUACACGCAAGUACAAAUGACGUGAGUACCUUCAAUGUCUCCGUAGGUUCUUUAUUAUUGUUCAUCAUAAUCAAAUCUCAUCCUGUCCG